AUGGCCGAGCUGCGAAUGCGGAGUGAAGCGGUUAUCAGUAGCUGGUACGAAAACGGCGUCCUCUCUGCAUCUCGUUUCGUCGCGGACAUGGAGGGCCAGGUCGAGAAGUUCGAGAGGCAGGUGAGAAGGGCAGAAAAGCAGCAAGAGGCUGCGGAAGCAUUGUGA